CCUAUUUGGAGAGAGAGAAGCAGAAGUGUGCAGACCUUGAGGUAGGAACUGAUAGUGAAAGCACAUCAUGGGUGAUUUGACUAUAAAAAUACACAAAAUUAGUAUUAUAGUAUGAAUUAGUUAUUUUAAUACAAAAUUGGUGAUGUGUUAAAAUUAAAACUUGAAAUUAUGACAUUGGUGAUAUAAUAUAGAUUGCUAACACAACAUUGUUGAUCAAAUUUAGAUUAUGUAAGGUUGGCUCAACUAUGGUGUUAUAAUAUAGAUUAUAGAUAUAUCAUUUAAGCAUGUUUGGGAAAUUAUCUUUUAUUUAAAAAAAUUUCAAUAGAGCCUUUGCAAAAACUGUGAUUAAAUUCACACAUGCCUAGGAUAGAUUUAUUAAAAUUUUUGGAACACUUGAAUUUGUGAAGUAAAUUUAUGCCAUUAAUGCAUUAGUUCCGCUCCUAGCUAUAUGUGAUAAAGAAGCAAUAACACAUUCAUUUUGUGAUUAUAAAAAAAAACACUUUGUUUACAAACUCAUGAGUGCAUCAGAUGAUCUAGCAGGCAUAAACUCAUACAACUAAAUUUGAUCUAAUACAUUUGUGAUUCUCAGGAAAACCUUUAUAGCAGCACUCUGGCCAGACAGUUGGACCUUCAAGAUAUCUGGAGACUUGUACAGAAAGAUGUAGAAACUGAAUGUCAAGACCAACAGGUAAAAAGAUGCAUUCUUAAAAACUGAAGACUCUUGACAAAGAUCACGUUAUAACUUGACAGUGUAGAUUAUAAUUAGAUCAAUAGGCUACUUAACUAGACAAUUAGUAUAAGUCUCUGCAAUCUUUUGGUAAUUUUGUGAGAAAAGAUUUUCUAAUUCAUUGAAAAUAGCAGCAAACCAUAAUGCAAACAAACCUAUGAGAUCCAUUUUUUUCCCACUCUGUGCCAUUGAAAUCACUCUGUGUGCAAUUGAAAUCACACAGCCUGCCUUUUUUUUAUUAGCAUGCCUUAGGUUGCCGACCAGGCCUGCACAACUUAAAAUGUAAGGAGGGCCAUAAUACUUUAUGAAAAAAUUGUGCGGGCCAAAAGAUAAUAGGACUUGGGGGAAAGCUAUUAAGAAAAUAAUAAAGAAUAAUUCAUUAAUUCAUGGGCCGCUAGGUGCUGGCGUGCUUUCAUGUUGUGCAGGCCUGAUAUAGACCAUACAUAGAUCAGCACAUAUCUAGAAUAUUUACUAUAGAUCAGUACAUAACAUGACUAUACACUAUUGAUUAGCUUAUACAGACAUAUACUACAUAUCAGCACAUAACUAAGCCAUAUACUGCAGUUGUUCAGCGCAAACGGCUAUUUAAAUGCAUUUCUUAAACACAAUAAAUGAAUGUUAUUACUUUACUGCAGGAUGAUAGCUUCAAUCCAAACAGCCCCGAUAAGAUCAAGGAGAGUAUUAAAAGAGAUAUCGAGACUUUGAGAGUAAAACUUGAAAAGAGGGAUGCAGCCUUAGGGGCUUUGGUAAGUUAUUGUUGUACAAGAAGUGGGCCUUUAUCCAAUACUUCUAGCUUACAGUAAACAGGGUUACAAAAUAUCAGACUUAACUCUUUGCCUUCUCAGUUUCUCUCUGGGUGUGGACUGAGUUCAAUUUCAGUGAAUUAAAAAAUGUAGUGCCAACAAAAAAAAUGACCAAUAGUAGCUGGACAUCCUUGAAUUUAAAAAGUUGACAGUCAUGCAAAUAAAGCAGUUUCUAAAAUUUCCUGGUUGGCUCAUGGAUUUAUGUAUCCCAUCAAUCAUAAUUCAAAAUUAAAUUUAGUUAAUAAAGUCAAUUAAGUUGGAUUUUAUUGACAGGAUACGUUAAAACUAUUAGUUAAGGAUGCUUAAGACACGCUGUUAUUCAUCGAUACCCCAUACAUUUGCUUAACAGAAUUUCAUCGUUUUAAUUUUUCUGACUAAGUAGGAUUUACAACUGUUGUUAGAAUCCUCUAGUUACAUAAAGAUCAUGAUUUCCAUUUUAUGAAAUGAUUGAAACUCAUAUUGACUUGGAUAUUCCCCUCUUUAACCUGAUAGCUGACUAAGUGGUGUUGAAUUAGGACCACUUCUAAUUGAUUUCUUAUCAUUAUUUUUAAUACUUUUUUUUCAAUACAUACUUUGAUAAAAAAAAUAAUGUGUCAAUGAAUAUAUCCAAUCUUAGAAACCACACCAUUACGAGGUUAUAUCUGAAUUUGUGUCCGACUUAGGUUCUACUCAAUUAUUAAUAGUAGUGAGUAAAAUGGGUUAGAUAGCUAAGAAAAUAAAAAGUUUUAACUGGUAAAUUUAACUCUAACAGAAUGAAAAUAUGUUUUUACAUCCUUUAAUAAUUUGAAGUUGCUGGGAGAAUAGUUUUCAGGUAACUUCACUUUCUUCCCUCAGAAAAGACAUAACCUUAACUUAUCAUUGUCAUGGAACAAUGAGGACAUCGACCUGCCGUCCACGUGGCACAGUAACCAUAGACUGUCACCAGGAUCACCACUUGUUGGUAAGGUGAUGGCUAGAUUUUUUGUGCAACUAUCAAGUAUGUUCUAUGAACAUGUUGAGAGAAAUGGGACUUGUUGUUAAUGUCUUGUUCAUCAUGCCUUGAGUUUUGGUGUAACUAUUUAAAUAUGUUCUAUGAACAUGUUUAGGGAAAAGGGACUUGUUGAUAACCACUGUGAAAGUAGGCUGAAAUGCCCAAUGAUGCUAAAAGUGUGUGCAUUAAAACACAUCUACCUGUUGGACCAACUUUGGCCAUCUUGAUUAUUGACACAAUUAACAACUGCCCAUAACAUUAACUUGUUUUUUUUCACUGACAAAAAUGUAAUAGAUGUUUCCACAACAAAACAUUUUAUGUUUGUAUAAGAUCUUAUAGUAUAGGCCUAAAUGAUAAAAUUUGUGAUCAUAUCUCUAAGUCUGAAGGGAGAUAAUUUCUGUUUUAUUCUAUUCCAUAACAGGCUAUUAGAAACUUUAUAGAGGAUAUAAUGUCAACUCAUUUUGAUCAUUUUCUUGACUUUCCAGAUGCCCUCAGUAUAGAUGUUUUCAAUGGUAAUCUCCCAAUGUACGCCAUGAAAUACCCUUACACAGCAUCUGUUGUGUCUUGUGAAGAUGUUGAUUGCUAUGAGUGCAAAGCUGCUCGAAUGGUGCUGCAAAACAGGUCAAUAUUAUAAAGUCAAAUAAGACUUAUGCAGUUUCCAAAACUUUUUUAAAUAGUGUUGUGGUUUGUACGGCAUUCUUUUUUUGCACUCAAUCCCAAGGUCAUGUCUAAGUUGAUAGAUUCAUUCGGGCCAUAUCCUUUGUGUUGUUACUGUAACACACACAUUUAUAAAACAGAACAAUCUUAUUUGGGAAAAAAUAAGCUUACCUUAUGAUUUUUAACUGCAUUAUUAGAUUCUGGUUCUAGGUUAUAAUAAAAUAUCAACAGGUCUUAUUUAAAUUUUUCAGGUACACAACAUCCUGUCCAUCUAUUGGACCUACAGACAAUGGUCAACAGGAACACAUGCCCUCCAAAAAGUAUUCCUUUGCCACCAAUAGUAACGUCUGCAAUGGCAAUGAUGAGCAGCACCCAGCAAGUUCAGCUCCACCAACAAAAGUAUCAUCAGAGUCCUGCUCUAAUCCUCACAAUAGGCAGAGAAGUCUUUACGGUAUUCACCGGAGACAGGACUUCAUUAGAAGUUCUGGGAGGUACCUCCUUGACAAACCCAUCAGUUCUAAUCAUCAGUUUGAGGACCAUUCUCACAACAUGGCCCAAAGCUCAGCUGGCAGCAGAUCUAAAGAUUUAUAUCCUGUUCUAGACUCCAAUGUCAACAAUUCAUCUUGUCCAGUUGUCAGCUGGUCAUCGGACAAUAUAUUAACUGUUGCUGACACAACUGAGUCUAAUCUAAGAGCCCGGAGGUCCAGUUUCAGGAAAGCUGUAGAAAACAACCAAGACAGUGAAUCUGACUCUUGUGGUACAAAACUUUAUGAUGUUAACACAAUUUCCGAGGAACUUCGGAGGCCAAGUUUUCAUGCUGCCAUAGAGCAUGGCAGAGGAGUCAAUGCAGAUGUGUCAAUGAAAAGGAAAGUUGUGCAAAUUAAUCCACCAGAAACGUUAAAAAUCAGGACUAAAACGAUUAAGGAUUACAGUCUGCCUUCCAAUGACGAUAUCAUGGAUAGUGUCCAGCCAGACACUCCCAAGACUGUCAAGUUUCAGAUUGAGGAGGAUCAAGAUUCGGAUAGUCAAGUUUACACUGGAGCUCUGGCCUGGGGGUCAAGUGUGGCCAGGACAGAGAAUGCCAUUGCAUUGUCAUCAUUAUCCUUUCCUUCACUUUCAUCAUCCAUCACAUCCUCCUCUGUGUUUACAUCACCACCAUCACCAUUUGAACCUGGUCACGGUGGCUGCAAUCAAAGUUUCUCAAGGUGUGGUAACCAAAAAAUUCUUUUUAUAGACAUUUUGUUUUUUUUGUGUUUUUUUUGUUGCUUUAUUUUUGUAACCUUGCGGUCCCCUCCUCCCCCCCCUCCUUUUUUUGUUCUUCAGACAUGGCUAAUGGAUUGAUUCCACCAACUAUUUAAAUUUAAAAAGAUAAACUUUGACUGUUAUAAAGCUCAAAUUUAUAAAAUGCACCACUGGUGUUUCCUCACAAGUAUGAUAAAGCAUUCUUUUUGACAUUUAUUAAAUGACUUGGUGAUAAGCCUUCUUCAGUAGACAAAGUUCUUAUAGAUCAUAGGCCUGAUCAGUGGCGUAGCUAGGCAGGUGCGGGGGUGCGGACCGCACCAGGUAACACCAUCCCAGGGGGUGACACCAAAUUGAAAAAUAUUUACAGAGCACACACUGCUCGGUCAAACCGAAUUUCAUUAACGGUUAACCUAUCACAUGUAAAUUUUCCACACAUGUAAUCAAUCGAAAUGCCUCCUUAAUUAAAAUUUCAAGGUUGAUGCUUCAGAAAUGACGUGACCCUAUAAUUAGCUCAGAAAAACACCGUUUUGAUAAAGACUCAAUGCCGAUUGAAGUGUUUGGUAACUUUCGUAAUUCACAGGAAGCUAUAUUUAUCUAAAUUUUUCGACAUAAAGCUUUGAAUUGACUCUAAAUAAGAUGCGGACUGGCAAUCCUAAGGACAUGAAUGGAAUUGAUAAAAAUUAAAAAACAUUGCUAUGAUGUGGACUUUUUAUAACAAGAAUAAAUCCAUCGUGGAAGUUGGGGGUGCUACACCAUGAGUUUGCCACACCGGGUGACACCAACCUUAGCAAGGCCACUGGGCCUGAUGAUGUAGUCAUAUCUGUAUAUGUGUUUGUAUCAUAGCCUGUUGAUGUAGUAUAUAAUGUAUAAAUGUUUAAUCUAAGUAUCGUCACAAUAAAAAACACUGAGUAAUAUUGUAAAUAAAAAUGAAAAAAAUAUGACAACAGACCCCAAAACACAUUGCAAAUAAUAUAAAUUUAAAAAAAACAACCCAGAACAAAUAAGACCAGGCUAGUUUUAUUUGAAAAAUCUGUUUCAAACUAUGUACAUAAUGCUGUCUUUGGGUAGAAAAAAUAAAAUAUAAUGCUGUUAUGUGUUGUAUCUAGCUUCAAUAAUCUGUACUACAAAAUGACAUAUCUGUCUUUUUGUGAUGCUAGAUCUGCUUCUAUGCAAGGCUACCACAACCUUGAUGUGAUCCUAGACAAUGCAUAUUCUUAUGUGUCCAAGUCAAUAGAGGACUGGGAUAUGUCACCACAACAUACAGGCAACUGCAUUGACUUCUGUGGUGAAUUUAUGAAUAGAACUGAGUAAAUACAUUUUAGCUGUUUGACUUUUAUGUGAAUUAUUAUUACUAUAAAUUAGCAUUUUUUUAUGAGCAAAAGAUAAAAUCUUUAGUUCAUCAUCCAAAUCGGGUAGCCAUUUGGGCAUGCGCCCUUUGGCUGCUUGGUACCGGUACAAAGAAAGUUAUUUAUUUGGGCAUGUGCCAUUUGACUGAUGGUCACAAAGACAUUUGUUUGCGCAUGUGUCCUUUGACCUCUUGACACAAACAAAGUCAUCUAUUUGGGCAUGUGCCUUUGGGCAGUUUGGAUCAAACAAAGUCAUUUAUUUUCAUCAGAAAUUUCAUCCCCCAAAAAAGUAAACAGCACAUCUACCUGAAUUAAAACAGUCAAAAUAUAAUCUUGUUAGUGAAGUCAGUAGGACUUCAGGCUUGUGAAGUGCAGCUUUUCUAUACAAUCCCCAUUCUGGUCAAUUUUGUUAAAAACUUGUUUUCCUCCAAAUAUGUCUUAACUAGUUUGAAUUUUAAAAUAAAAUUUCCUGGAAUUAAAUCAAGGAUUCUGUAACAAAAAUAUAAAUAGAGGUUUUACCAGAGAAAUAUCCUGAUCUUUUGUCUUCUUCAUGAGUAAAAUUAGACAAGUUUCCUUGUUGUAUCAUAGUAUCAUUUUGCUUACUGUAACCGGAUUGUCAUGUAUCAAAGUGUGGGAAUUACUAAAAAUUUAAAAAAAUAAAGUUAAGUUAGUCAUCAGCUUCAAGAACAAUGGGAAACAGUUUCAUGUUCUAUUCCUGUUUUAUUUUCAUUUCAGCUACGAACAGGAGACUUUGGAGUAUCUCACAGGCUCAUGGGAGGUAAUCAUCUAUUUUUUAUAA